CAGACAAAUAAACCGUUAGUUGAAAAACGAAGACGAGCACGAAUCAAUGACUGUUUAGGAGAAUUGAAAACUUUGGUUUUACAAGCUAUGAAACAAGAUAGUGCUCAGAUAUCACGUUUAGAGAAAGCCGAUAUACUAGAAAUGACAGUGAAAUAUCUUCACCAUGUUCAGAGACAACAAUCAAACACAGCCAUGGUCAACAAUCCACAGAGUGCAGCCAAAUACAGAGCAGGAUUUACGGAGUGUGCUAGUGAAGUAAUGAGAUAUAUGACAAACAUUCAGGGAAUUAACCCAAAUAUCAGUAACAAAUUAACUGGUCAUUUGGCUGGUUGUUUGUCAAUGGUGAAUUCUGCUACAGCUCCUCAAAUGGCAAUCCAUACCGCCCAAACACCGUCACCA